ACGCGAUUCCGCGAACCAGCUGCUGCAUUCUGUUCUUUUGUUUUUUCACGCGAGCAGCCGCCGUGUUGUGGUGUUAGUAGAAACAGCUGCUUCUGAUGGAUGGGUAUUGCAUCCAUCACCUUUGCCUUUGGAAGGUUGGAGCAUGCCGUGCGGCUUUGGAAGGGGCCCAAGCAAAAGCCGGGCAGAACUUUCCCGGAUGCUAAGCUUGAGUGAGUGAGAGCCACUCGGCAGCGGCCGGUGGGAGCCAAGAACACUCAACCCUGCAUCAUGGGGACCGACAAAAAGGGGUUUCAAUUCACUAGCAAGCUCGCUGUCAGUGCCUCUCUUUUCCGGGAUUCGUGCGCGCUAAUCAACUCGUUAAGAAGGCCAGUAGACAAGUCGUCAGUGGACGAGAGGAAUCGAUCGACUCCAUCCAUCGAGGAUCGCUCAUCUUCCCUGCUCCGUACCUGCGGGCCGGAGCUCCGCCAUAAACAAGAGCAAGAAAACAACUCGACAGUCCCUUCCCGUCCGUCUAUCCAUCAUCAUCACUUCAUCAGCCGGCCGGUAUCCAAUCCGCGUCCAUCUGCAGCUGCCUGCGCUGCUCUGCUCUGGGCUCUGACACCGCCGCCGCCGAUCCCGGUGCGCGCGCCGCUGUCGGCUUCCGCAUCCUUCGGGGAGCGUAGCCGUAGCCAAUAGCAAUGGGGGGCUGCCUCCGCCGCCGCCUCUGCAUCGGCGGCACGCAUUUUUCAGGCACCCUGCCGUUCGUGAGGAGGUUCACGCCCAGGGAGAUCGAGGCGGCCACCAAGGGCUUCACCGCGGUGCUCGAGGCCGGCGGGCCCCGCGGCGGCGGCGGCACGGCGUACAGGGCGCGCUUCGCCGGGGGCCUUGUCGCCACCGUCAGGCGCGUCGGCUCCCGGGGCGACCACCGGCAGCAGGGGAGCGGCGGGAACGGGAAGGCCGCCUUCUACCUGGAGCUGCAGCUGCUGGCGCGCCUCAACCACCGCCACGUCGUCCGGCUCCGCGGCUUCGCCGAGGGCCACCACGCCAGGUUCCUGGUCUUCGACCACAUGGAGAACAGGAGCCUCAAGGAGUGCCUUCACGAUCCUCUCAGGACGCCAUUGGACUGGCGGACCAGGCUGCAGGUCGCCAUUGACAUCGCAGCAGCACUGGAAUACCUCUACUACUUCUGCGACCCCCCGGUGUUCCAUGUCUCCGUCGACUCCGGCAACGUGCUCAUGGACGCCAACUUCGUCGCCAAGCUAUCAGACGUCGGCGUGGUCAGCGACGACUUGAAGCGCGCAACAACCGAAUCCUUCCAAGACCAGGUUGAGCGGAGGCGCGCGGGCCUGGUGUUCCACUACGGCGUGCUGGUGCUGGAGCUGGUGACGGGGCAGUCCCCCGGCGGCGACGGCGAGCUCGUGCGGUGGGUGCAGGAGCCCGGGUUCGCCGGCUCCAUGCACAGGAUGGUGGACGCCGACCUCGGCGGCGUCUACGACGCCAGGGAGCUCCGGGACCUCGUCAUCGUCGCGAGGCUGUGCACCAGGCACGAGCACGGCAGCUGCGGCGGCGGCGGCGCCGCCGUCUCCAUACCGCAGAUCGUGAGGUACUUGCAGGGGAAGGUCGAGCGGCUUGGGGGCGAGGCAAGGUGUGGAUGAUUCGUCGUGCAGGGGGCUCAUAUCUGAUUACUGCUAGUUCACCUCUCUGCGCAUCAUCUUUGUUGUUUUUUUUACCACUGCCUGUAGAAAAAUGCGUGCCUUUUUUCCGGUAAUAUUCGGGAUCUGUUCAUGUCAAUAGAGGGACCAAGGUGAUAGGCUUUUGUGAAUGUUGAAAUGGAAAAGAACAUGUAAUUUGUGCUCUCA